AUGAACCGAGAUGUGUUUUGCGCAGUCGCACAAGCAGUGAACAUUAUCAACCAGGAGACAGACAAGCUUGAUCGCCUCGCUAACUGGUUGAUGCCAGAGUUGACAUUUAUCUACGUCAAGCCUUCGCAUCGCAAACAAGGCAUUGGCGCACUGUUAAUGCGGGAAGCUUUCUCAAGGACAGAAGCGGAAGGGGUGGUACUAUAUCUCUGCUCUGAGCCAGCAGCUCACGAUUUCUACAGGAAAAGAGGUUUCCAAGAUAUCAUACACGCCGAUAUCGACCUCAGCAAGUGGGCGCCUCCUUAUAGUGGCUUUGGCCUGUUUAGAUGGACUGGAAUGACCUGGACUCCAUCAAAGGAACGAAGCUGGUAG